AUGAGUUUUUGGGAGAUAAUCAACAAUUGUUUGGUGCUUUGCGAUGCUCCGGACAAUUUCGAGCAACUCUUCGAUGUUCUCGAAUAUCAUCGGCUGAAUUUUAUCGAUCGAUAUCGAUUGAUUUUGUGGAUUUUGGGAGUUGGCACAAAUCUCAUUGUGAUCUCAACGAUUUAUUUCAUUUGUCGCGUAAAAUCGGCUGUUGAUCGAAGUUAUCGAAACAUCAUUUUGAUGAAUAUCAUCCUGCCCUGCUUAUUCACCAAUUAUAUUUGCUUUAUCUGGCAACCGUAUUCGAUUGCACCGUAUUUCAUGUUUUUCGUUGUGGGACCCAUUGUUGUCGAUCAUUUUGUGACUGGAAUUUGUAUGAUUGUAUGGGUGAAUUUGAUGAUUCCAUUUGUUUAUUCGUUGAUUUCGCAGCUCAAUUAUCACUUUUUUAUUGUCGUUUAUCCGUCGAAGAUUUUGUGA